AGGAGCCUGCGCCUCACGUCCCCCAGCCACCGCAGCUUCUCGCCUUUCCCGGCCACCCGCCCCCUGCCCUGGGCCCGCGCAUGAAUCUCCUGGACCCCUUUAUGAAGAUGACCGACGAGCAGGAGAAGGGCCUGUCUGGCGCCCCCAGCCCCACAAUGUCCGAGGACUCGGCGGGCUCGCCCUGCCCUUCAGGUUCCGGCUCGGACACGGAGAACACGCGGCCCCAGGAGAACACGUUCCCCAAGGGCGAGCCCGACCUGAAAAAGGAGAGCGAGGAAGACAAGUUCCCCGUGUGCAUCCGGGAGGCCGUCAGCCAGGUGCUCAAGGGCUACGACUGGACGCUGGUGCCCAUGCCGGUGCGCGUCAACGGCUCGAGCAAGAACAAGCCGCACGUCAAGCGGCCCAUGAACGCCUUCAUGGUGUGGGCGCAGGCGGCGCGCAGGAAGCUGGCCGACCAGUACCCGCACCUGCACAACGCCGAGCUCAGCAAGACGCUGGGCAAGCUCUGGAGGCUGCUGAACGAGAGCGAGAAGAGGCCCUUCGUGGAGGAGGCGGAGCGGCUGCGCGUGCAGCACAAGAAGGACCACCCGGACUACAAGUACCAGCCGCGGCGCAGGAAGUCGGUGAAGAACGGACAGGCGGAGGCGGAGGAGGCCACGGAGCAGACGCACAUCUCCCCCAACGCCAUUUUCAAGGCGCUGCAGGCCGACUCGCCGCACUCCUCCUCCGGCAUGAGCGAGGUGCACUCGCCUGGCGAGCACUCGGGGCAAUCCCAGGGCCCACCGACCCCACCCACCACCCCCAAAACCGACGUGCAGCCUGGUAAGGCUGACCUGAAGCGCGAGGGGCGCCCCCUGCCCGAGGGGGGCAGACAGCCCCCCAUCGACUUCCGCGAUGUGGACAUCGGCGAGCUGAGCAGCGACGUCAUCUCCAAUAUCGAGACCUUCGACGUCAACGAAUUUGACCAGUACCUGCCGCCCAACGGCCACCCUGGGGUGCCGGCCACGCACGGCCAGGUCACCUACACGGGCAGCUACGGCAUCAGCAGCACCGCGGCUACCCCGGCGGGCGCAGGCCACGGGUGGAUGUCCAAGCAGCAGGCGCCGCCCCCGCCCCCGCAGCAGCCCCAACAGGCCCCGCAGGCCCCUCAGGCGCCCCCACAGCAGCCGGCGGCGCCCCCCCAGCAGCCCGCCGCGCCUCCGCAGCAGCAGCAGCAGGCGCACACGCUGACCACGCUGAGCAGCGAGCCAGGCCAGUCGCAGCGAACGCACAUCAAGACGGAGCAGCUGAGCCCCAGCCACUACAGCGAGCAGCAGCAGCACUCCCCGCAGCAGAUCGCCUACAGCCCGUUCAACCUUCCGCACUACAGCCCCUCCUACCCGCCCAUCACCCGCUCGCAGUACGACUACACAGACCACCAGAACUCCGGCUCGUACUACAGCCACGCCGCAGGCCAGGGCUCCGGCCUUUACUCCACCUUCACCUAUAUGAACCCCGCGCAGCGGCCCAUGUACACCCCCAUCGCCGACACCUCCGGGGUUCCCUCCAUCCCGCAGACCCACAGCCCCCAGCACUGGGAACAGCCCGUCUACACACAGCUCACCAGACCUUGAGGAGACAAAGGGUGCCAUCGCCACGAAGGUCAUAGAAAUAACCGAAGCAAGAAAGAACCAACCAGAAUCUCCUUGGGACUUUUUUUUUUUUUCCUUAAAGACAUUGAAGCUGAAGGCAACUCUUACACGAAUUCCAAUAUAGAAACACUACAUCUAAACACAUGACCACCUUCUUGGGAGUCAGUGGCCAGGCCGCUUGGCUAGAUGGAUCAACAGAAAAGAGACUGGACUGAAAACCUUCUUCAGAGCAAGCGUGGAGGCUGAUGGAGAAUCGCAUGACCCAUUUGCUCAAUCUCUCUGCCUGUUUGGACUUUGUAAUUAUUUUUUAGCAGUAAUUAAAGAAAAGAGUCCUCUGUGAGGAAUAUUCUCUAUUUUAAAUAUUUUUAGUAUGUACUGUGUAUGAUUCAUUACCAUUUUGAGGGGAUUUAUACAUAUUUUUAGAUAAAAGAAAUUAAAUGCUCUUAUUUUUCCAGCAGCUAAACUACUCUUAGUUGAACAGUGAGCCCUAGCUUUUUCUUGCAACCAGAGUAUUUUUGUACAGAUUUGCUUUCUCUUUAAAAAAGAAAAAAGGAAAAAAAAAAAGUAAGUGUGUUGGUGCAUUAACAUAAAAAAAAACAUAAAAUUGUGUUAUGUGAUCAGUUUUGGGGGUUAGCUUUGCUUAAUUCCGCAGACUUUCUGAUUGGAGAAGCUGCCUUAAAGAAGUAAUAAUAAAGGCCUUACUUUUGCAAAUAUGGAAGUAAACACUAGUCUAAGGAAGCAUUUGGUAAGCUUUAUCGUAUAUAUAUAUUUUUUAAAGCAAGAGAAACACCUUGAGCCUUAAAACAAUGCUGCUGGAAAAUAACCUGCUCGCUGUUUUAGUGCGUUUCCCCCCGCCUUUGCUUGUUUGCUCCAAUUAUAAGAAAGAAGCGAGGGAAAGAAAGGCAAGCAAAAGAGACGUUAUCUGUUUGGGGAAUGUUUCCGCAGCCACUGAGUGCCCCAAGCGCACUGCCCCCUGGUUGCCUGCCUGCCCGGGCGCCAUGUGGGACACAGAUGCUGGCGUCAGCUCUCUCAGACUGUCACCUGUGCCUCUCUGAUCACCAGCAAUUAACCUUCAGGACAUUCCAUGUGCUAAAGUUAUUUAUUUUGUAUGGAGAGGUUUUAACGGGGGGGAAAAAAAAUCUUUUUUUUUUUUCUAAUUUACCUUCUUUAAAAUAGGUUGUUGGAGCCUUCCUCAAAGGGUAUGGUUAUCUGUUGUUAAAUUAUGUUCUUAACUGUAACCAGUUUUUUUUUUUUAUUUAUCUCUUUCAUCUUUUUGUUUAUUAUUAAAAACAAGUCUCUUUGAAUUCUUUGUCCUAGAUUUGUACAAAUGCCUUUUUGUCCGUCCCUUUUCUUUCUUUUUUUUUUUUUCUUUGUUGUUUUUGUUGCAAACAAACUGGAAACUUGUUUCUCUUUUUUUGUACAAAUGAGAGAUUGCAAAUGUAGUGUAUCACUGAGUCAUUUGCAGCGUUUUCUGCCACAGAUCUCUGGGCUGCCCACAUGGAGUGUGUGUGUGUGUUAUGACACAAAUCAAUGCAAGCGUGUGUCAUGGCUAUUCCCCUGCCGUUCUCAUGGAGGAGGGGGGAGCGGAGGACUGACAACCCUUAAUUACUGACUGCUGUGGCCGAAGAGUUGGAGGAUUGCUUUUUAAAAAAGACAGCAAACUUUUUUUUAUUAUUAUUUAAAAAAAGAUAUAUUAACAGUUUUAGAAGUCAGUAGAAUAAAAUCUUAAAGCACUCUUGUAAUAUGGCAUCUUUCAAUUUCUGUAUAAAAGCAGAUCUUUUAAAAAAAAUAUUUCUGUAACUUAAGAAACCUGGCAUUUAAAUCAUAUUUUGUCUUUAGGUAAGAUUUGGUUUGUGUUUGUGUUUUGUUUGUUUCGCUUGUUUUUCCCCAAACCUUUUGUUCUCUCUGUGAAACUUACUCUCCCCCCCCUUUUUUUCAUUCUUUUCUUUUGUUUUUGUAUAUUAUUGUUUACAAUAAAUAUACAUUGCAUUAAAAGGAAAAUGGCCUUAUGAAUUCAUCCACUCCGUUCUCCUGUUAAAAGGAUGACUUGCAGAGUUUGGGCACGCAACCCUGGUGGCGUAGUGGUUAAGUGCUACGGCUGCUAACAAAAAAGGUUGGCAGUUCGAAUCUGCCAGGGGCUUCUUGGAAAUUCUAUGGUACAGUUCUACUCUAUCCUAUAGAGUCACUAUGAGUUGGAAUUGACUCAAUGGCAGUGGGUUUGGUUGGGUUUUCUUUAAGAGAUUCUUAAGUGCGGCUUGCUGUGAUGGUUUCGUUUUUGUUUUUGAAUGUGCCAUUUUAGCACAUAACUGUCCCCAAAUAUCUAAGCAGAAAAAUCUGGAAAAGUGGCACCCCAGUAGAUCAAACCGAGACUCACAUGUCAGUAGUUGCCCAGUAUGGCAAACUGCUUGUUGUGGUUUUAAUCUCAGGCUUCAGGGCAAAAGCUGUUGCCAUGUAGAGGUCAGAAGGGAAUAUUAGACCUGAAGUCAGUAGCUUGUUAGUAGAGACAAUGCAGAACGCCGGAUGGAGUGACUUGCUUGUCUUAAUUUAAUAUAGCAAACUUUCUGCUGUUGGGGAACACAUACCAAAGAAAUGGGGUGUCUACUUAAAAGGCAAAGGAGAACAGAGUCUAAAGUGGACCAGAGGGAAGCCUGUCAUAUUAACCCAUUAUAUGUGUCACAGCCUUCCUGGUGUCUCUGCAGAGACAAUGGAGUGAGA